CGGUGCUGUACGUACCAUUACCUGCCAACCAGCCAUCCGGCCUAUCGACCGUUUGACCACGGGGCGAUCACGGAUAUCCUGGCGCAUGGCCAAGCAUUCUAGCACACACACUCGUGGAUCUCACUCACACCCAUACGCCGAGCGCUAACUUAGAGAUGCGUGUGCAUGUACCUCGGUAUCCCACACUCCACACACUCCCUCUUGACCCAAGACAGACAUACAAACCGCACCUCCCUUGCUCAAGAUCACCAUCAGAGUCGUCACAACAUCUCCUUCAUGAGUGGGGACGUCACUGCCGGGGCAGAUGUUCAACACAAACCCAAGAGGUUAGGUCCAUCGAGCGGCAUCAGGGAACCUCCCGUCAGCAUCCUUCAGCCCUUGCCCUUGCCUAUCGUCUCCUUUGUGACCCUGUCCAGUUGCCAACGAUGUCCCUUGAGUCCCAGGAUUUGAGCACCAGUAGGGCUCCACUCCCAAUUUUGUGA